CAUACCUCCCGAGGGGGGCGGGAGGUGUCACUGUAACAGCCUGCGUGCUGCCUUCAGUUGGUCCGCGGGGUCGGGGCUGACAGGAAUGCGCUCCAACCAGGCAUAUGUCCUUCCUGCCUCGAACUGUCGUGUUGCACGCCAAACGCAGCCACUACGCCGACUAUGUAAAAUACGACGCGCCCAAGUGGCAGUCGCAGUCUUGCAAUCCCGCCGCCCUGUCCGUCAACAUCGAGGCCCGCGCGGCCGCCCUGGAGCACUAUACCGUCGCACUGCCCCUGUUUGCGCCGCCCCCGCGGACGUCGGCGCUCGAGCGGGCCGGCGACCUCCUGCAGGACAGCGACAGGGUCCUGUACCUGAACCUGGAGCAGGACACGGUCGUGCUGCUCGGUGACCUGCAAUACGUGCAUAUCAUGAAACUGCUGGAUGAUUUUCGCCGGCUCGACAGGCCCCGCACCUGGAGCCCUCGCGCCGCUUACGGGAAGGGGCUGCGAAGACUGGCCAUGAGCGUCGCCUUCUGGACACACGACGUUGGCGCGGCCGCCCUCGAAAUGUUUGCCCGCAAGGCCUUGGCUGAUAUCGAGGAGUUCAUCCUCUUCACGUAUGCCAAGCCUUUGCCCCCAAGCGACUGGCGCGGGCUCUGUGUGCUCAAAGAGGUCGAUGUCGACGGAGGUUUUUACCGGGACUUCAGGAUGGGGAGAGGCAGGCAGUUUCGUGUCAAGGAUGGUUGGAUGGUUGUCGGCAAAGGGCCGAUGAAGCUGGCAGAUAUCUACUUCCAGGGAGGGUGGUGAGAAGCUGCACAUCGCCCCCCGGGCGCCUUUGACUCUCAUUUUCUUGUUUUCUUUCCUUGCUUGUUUCUUUCCUUCUCUGUUUUCAACAUUGCCGUACGCCGUAAGUAUCCCUUCUUCCAUGGUUGUAUCACCCCGGGUGUCUUUUCUUGGCGGUGUCGACAUGUACUACCUCGUUGUGUCCCGACUCCGUAUCUGCGUCUUCUGUCGUCAGCGGACGGCCAGCUCCGCAAAGAGCAGAGCGUACAAGUAAGUGUCUUUGCACGCUCUGAAGCCUAGGUUAGCACAUGACGAAUUGGGUUUCCUUGAAAUAACCAUCAAG